AUGGCUCAGUCGGACUCAAGAGCGGCUGGACUAGAGGACACCAUCGUCUUCACAUCGCAUAUGUCUAUUGAAUUUGAUGAGCGAAGGGCAUGGAGCCAAGAAGGUUGGAUCAUGCGAUUGUUAGAAUCCUCGCAGUGUGUUGAACCUCCCAAUGGAGCUGCUGUGUUCGGCAAUGGCCAUGUGACGGACAGAGCGAGAGGCACAUCAUCAUGGCCAGACGCAACAAGGGAUGUUGGCUCGGAUAAAAAGGAUUGCAACAUUGGUAGUACUGUUGAUAGGAUGGUUAGUUUUGGAAGGGGAAUGGUAGUAUGCGCAGAGAUUGAAAACAAGGCUGCAGUGCAAACACUCUUGCUCAACCAAUUUAAGCUCAGUGUCAGCUCUUUGUGCUCUUUCCUUCUUGCUGAACCAAUGUUUCCUCAUGAGCCCCAGAAGCAUCCAAUCUCGCCUCUGACGCAUUGCCGGAACACCUUCCGCCGUCCGCACGUGCUCCACACUUCACCGGAAAUUCUUCUGCAGGUUUUCCAUUUGAGGCUAUGCGAUGAAGCUGAUAGAAUUGCUAGAAAUCAGAAGAUGAACAAUGGAAUAGAGGAGACAAAAGUUGUUGCGGCUGCCAUGCGCAAUGAAGGAUGGGUACGAUGGUCAGCGGGAUGGGAUGCAACGGCUCGCAGGGGCAGCGCCUUCGGCUGCAGGCGCUGGGGCAAUGAAUUCUCCUUGUGCGUUGGAGUCAGUUGCAUGCUAACUGGACAAUGCGUUAGCUUGUUCUGUACUUACUCUGUAGCUACCAGUGAUCAAAGUUGGAAGCUCAAUGUGUACUGCUCUAAAUUGCUUCAACGAUCAGGUGUCCUGCUAUAUGGACCUCCAGGCACUGGGAAGACAUUACUUGUGAAAGCAGUAGCAACUGAGUGUUCAUUAAACUUUCUUAGCGUAAAAGGUCUAGAACUAACAAACAUGUAUGUUGGAGAGUCAGAGAGGAAUAUCAGGGACAUCUUUUAG